AGGCAAUAUAAUAGUGGGCCUGCCCCAAGGCUCAUACGGUGAGAGGUGUAUUAUCGUGGUCGCCGUUCCCACAACAAGCAAGCAGUGCAUUUUUUGAUCGGCAUAAACUGCCUCUGAGAUAUAUUGAUGAAUGUGUGUCUACUUAUUGUAAACAGGAACCAGACUCAGCAGAGAGGACUAGACUUAUAAACAGUUCUUCUGUCGAUGUAAACUGUUUUGCAGUCUCACUGCAUCUGACGUUGGAUUCAGCGGUUCUUGAGCAGAACACACCUACAAAACAGAUCUCUGCGUCUCUGAGCGUAGAGAACACAACAUUUUAAACAACAACGUGUGGAAGUUGCCCACGUAGGCUCUUAUCAACAGGUGUCAAAAUUGUAGUUUAUUAAUUUGAGGAAAAACUCACAGGGCAUUCUUGCAGUUGUUGUGCACAAAGUGAUUUCUUGUGCAGGCACAUGUGCUAGUGAAAUAAGGACUCAUCGGGGCCAAACAAGAAGCCACUUGUGUUUUCAUUGGUAUAGCGAUUCUGAUAAUGUUGUUACGCUCGGAGCUGAAGGAGUAUGGAGUUUAUCUAUGACAAUAAGUCUUAUUUGGAGGAUUAUAUUACACAACAAGAACCGAGUUAGUACUGUUCUUUUCAGAAUAUCAUCCAACAACAAAGAGCUAGUGCUGUUGCUGUGUGAGGAGACAGUUUUUCUUGAAUGUUUUUUCUCUUAGAGAACAUACAAGUAUGGCAUUCUCAGAGUUACCUUCAGGAUAAAACAAGUCAUCCAUUUUCAAAAGUGUAGUUCCCUCGUUUAAUCGUGUGUAUACUGUUCUUAUAUGAAAGAAAAAAUCAAAUGAUUUAAAACUUAUUUGGCAAACUUGUAUUUACGUAAAUAAGGCAACAUUUCUAGUUAUCUAAAUCAAAGCUGCUAAAACGUUCCUAUAGGGGACCGGGAUUCAGAGCCAGUCGGUUAUUCGAAAGAAGAAAAAUAUUUACUCAACCCCGUUCCGUUUUUCAUAUCGAUUACGGUAACCACAGACAAACAAUAAACAAUAAAAACGCUGUCAUACAGUAAUCAAAGGCUUCUCCUUCUUCUGCCAGUCUUAUAGCCCUUUGAAAAACUAUUUGUUUAACAUCACUACUAACACCAACACCAUUUCACUUUAAACUACAAUCGACUGAGAUCAAAACAGGAAGAUGGCUACGAUAGACCUUGACAACUACUUGUGCUCGGACAAGGGCCUUCUCAUGCCCAUAAUCAACGAGUACACCUGGGAAACAGGAGUCAGAGCGUUCUUCUACUUUCUGGGCAUGGUCUGGUGCUUUUUGGGAGUGGCCAUCGUGUCGGAUUCCUUCAUGUGCGGCAUCGAGCACAUCACUAGCAAAACUCGGACUAUCUCCAUACCAGACGCUAAGGGGGAAGGGCUAAAGAAAAUAGAAGUCAAGGUAUGGAACGAUACGGUUGCGAACCUGAGUCUUCUGGCAUUUGGGACCAGCGCGCCAGAAAUCUUGCUCAACGUGAUCGAGAUCACAGGCCACACUUUUGUGGCGGGAGAACUGGGCCCAGGAACUAUCGUGGGCUCUGCGGCCUUCAACUUGUUCGUCAUCACAGGCAUCUGUAUACUCUCGAUUCCUAAAGGAGACGUCAGGCGCAUCAAGAACAUGCGUGUGUUUGCCGUGACGUCAUUCUCGGGCGUGUUUGCCUACGUGUGGCUCAUUCUGGUCCUCCUGGUCAUCUCUCCGAAGGAGGUGGAGCUCUGGGAGGCCAUUGUCACUUUCCUCAUGUUCCCAGUCCUCAUUGUGGUCGCUUUUCUCGCUGACAAGGGUUUCUGCUGUACCAAAAACAGAACCACAUCAGAAGUUGAGAUUGGCUUCAAUUUAGACAAGUCGGACUCAGAAGAUGGCACUGCCCAGAUCAUUGACUUUGCCAGGGAAGUCGCGAAAGACGAAAGCAUCAACGAAGACGAGGCGGCCAAAGCGAUGGCGGCCAGGCUAGCCAGAGACAAACCCAAACCGUCUGGCUGGUAUCGAAUCAACGCUACCCGCUUGCUCACUGGAGGUCACAAACUCACGCCGAAAACAAACAAAGCAUUUGAUGACUUCUUCUUCUUCUUCUUCUUCUUCUUCUUCUUCUUCUUCUUCUUCUUCUUCUUCUUCUUCUCACUAUUAUCAUAUCCAACUUUGUCAUUUCCCCUCAGCGUGGAGACGAUAGACGGCACAGCGGAGGCCGGGGACGACUACAAGCCCAUCAAACAGCUGAUCACGUUCGGGCCAGACGAGCGCCUCAAAGACUUCUAUAUCGAGAUCGUGGACGAUGACGUCUGGGAGCCUGACGAGUUCUUCUUCGUCAAGCUCUACCAUCACCCGGACGGCAGCUCAGAGGACGAGGUCACCAUCGGGAAAACCUCCAUCAACCAGGUCACAAUUGUUAAUGAUGAUGAGCCUGGUAAAUUAGAAUUCGGAAAGCCCAGCUACAUCGUAAAAGAGAGCGCUGGGUCAGCGCAGCUUGUGAUCAAUCGUAUCAACGGGGCAGACGGUGAGGUAGUGGUCAGUUGGAGGACAAAGGACCUCUCAGCUAAAACUGGCCAUGAGUAUGCUGGCGGGAACAGCAAGGUCACUUUCAAACACGGGGAAACCAGCAAAUACAUCAGCAUAGAGAUUUUUGGUAUCCAGGAGUCAAGGCACGAGCCUAACUUCCAAGUGGAGCUACAUAGUCCUACUGGGGGCGCGGAGAUCGGCAAAAUACCUAAGAGCAUCGUCACGAUCAUCAACGAUGAAGCUAUCACCUUUGUGGCGCUGGGCACUAGUAUGCCGGACACGUUCGCCUCUCGCAGUGCAGCCAUCAACGAGAAAUGGGCCGAUUCCUCCAUCGGAAACAUCAACGGCAGCAACAGCGUCAACGUGUUCCUGGGCCUGGGCCUGCCCUGGUUACUGGCCACCAUUUACUGGGGGGUCAAGGGCUCCAAAUUCGAGUACCCCACAGACUCGCUGGCGUUCAGCGUGACACUGUUCACCGUGUUUGCUGUCCUAGUGCUGAGCUUACUCGUCUGUCGACGGACUCUGUCCAUCUUCGGGAAAGGGGAACUUGGAGGGCCGACCAGUCCGAAAGCCGCUUCUGCCUUGAUUACGUUCACGUUUUGGGUUCUGUAUGUUGUUCUGUCGUCCCUGCAAGCUCAAGGUGUUAUUGAUGCUGGAAUGUAAAGUUGACCUUCAUUCCAUCAUGUUGGGGAAAUUGAGAGGAUACCAUUUCUUCUUUUUCUGACCCAUUUUUUGACAGCUUGCAAUUCUAAUUACUUUUAGUUA